ACGGAACCGACAGCAUCAUCUCUAUCGGUGCAGUGACUCUGUUGUUUUCGGCUGGAUGUAAAUAAGCGUUGGUAUAGACUGAAGUGACCCUCGGCCGGCUGGACGGUUAAAUUUCUCGCCGGUAAAGCUGGAAGGAGGCGGCGGAGCGCAGAUAUGCACCCAGCAGGAUGGCUUCUAUACAACUCACGUGAGAUGUAAUGAUGAAAUGGUGAUGAAGAUGAUGAUGGCCCAGGGCGAGAAAGACCCGAAACACACCAGCCGAGUAGUGCUGGUCAAGAGGAUCAUAAUGAAGCAUGACAAUCCGGUCCAGCAGGGAAUCGGGAAGCCCAGUGUGUAUCACGCUGUUGUGGUCAUCUUUCUGGAGUUUUUCGCCUGGGGUCUCCUGACCACACCAAUGCUCACGGUUCUGCACGAGACCUUCCCCACACACACCUUCUUAAUAAACGGCCUGAUUCAGGGGGUGAAGGGUCUGCUGUCGUUUAUGAGUGCUCCGUUAAUUGGAGCUCUAUCAGACGUGUGGGGCAGACGCUCUUUUCUGCUGGUGACCGUCUUCUUCACUUGCGCUCCAAUACCUCUGAUGAGACUCAGUCCAUGGUGGUAUUUCGCCAUGAUAUCAGUGUCUGGUGCAUUUUCGGUCACUUUCUCUGUGAUCUUCGCUUACAUCGCAGACGUGACAGACGAGCGGGAGAGAAGUACGGCCUAUGGACUCGUUUCUGCGACGUUCGCUGCAAGUCUGGUCACCAGCCCGGCCAUCGGCGCGUAUCUGUCGGCCAGUUAUGGUGAUAAUCUGGUGGUGCUGGUGGCAACUCUCAUCGCCCUGGCCGACAUCUGCUUCAUCUUGCUGGCCGUCCCAGAGUCGCUGCCUGACAAGAUGAGGCUUAACACCUGGGGGGCUCCCAUCUCCUGGGAACAGGCCGAUCCCUUCGCUUCUUUGCGUAAAGUUGGCCAGGACACAACAGUUCUGCUCAUCUGCAUCACAGUAUUUCUGUCCUAUCUGCCCGAGGCGGGUCAAUACUCCAGCUUUUUCCUCUACUUGCGUCAGGUCAUUAACUUCUCGCCCAAAACGAUCGCGGUGUUCAUCGGCGUGGUGGGAAUCCUCUCCAUCCUGGCGCAGACACUUUUUCUCACUCUGCUAAUGAGGACCAUCGGGAACAAAAACACGGUUCUUUUGGGUCUGGGUUUCCAGAUUCUCCAACUGGCCUGGUACGGUUUGGGGUCCGAGCCGUGGAUGAUGUGGGCGGCUGGUGCGGUGGCGGCCAUGUCCAGCAUAACGUUCCCUGCAGUGAGUGCUUUAGUGUCACGCAGCGCAGAUCCGGAUAAACAGGGUCUGGUUCAGGGCAUGAUAACAGGUAUCCGGGGGCUUUGUAAUGGUCUCGGUCCUGCUCUGUACGGCUUCGUUUUCUUCCUCUUCAAUGUGGAGCUGAGUGGGAUCACCCCCAUCCAGCCCGACUUCGCCGUGCCGAUACAGACGCCCACAGAGAAGACUACAAUCCCUGGUCCUCCGUUUCUCCUGGGCGCCUGUACAGUAGUUGUGGCGUUUCUAGUGGCUCUCUUUAUACCAGACCAUCAGACGCCCCCAUCAACGCCCUGCCAGACCCGUAAAAACAGUCUGGCCGGAGCUCACACCAACACACCGCUGCCAGGGAGCGACGAAGACUUUGAGCCGCUGCUGGAGGACAGCACUGUGUGACUGAAACCCUCAACCUAAAAUCAUCACAGGGGGAAAAACAUAUGACAAGGACGUCAACACAUCGCAAACCCUCCUCAUGUCUGUGACUAACGCAUUGGGAGCGUGCAGUAUUUAUUUACCGUGUUUUAUCUCAUCGAUGGUUCUGAACUCAGAGGCUUUUUUAUUGAGCAUUUUUACAGUGACUCAGCACACUAAGGGCUCGAUCGAGGGGGGGGGAUCGGAUGCACUGUAGUGGAGUUCAGACAUUCGGUUCGUUCGAGUUUAAAUGCAAAGAUCUUUAUGUAUAUAUAGAUAUGGAUAUUUGGGCAAGGUGCAGUGUAGGUUAUUUACGGAACUUGUGGUGACUUGAAGAGAAGCUUGGUGAAUUUCAUGACAACCCUGAACUCUAUUUUGCUUAAAGAAAGUAAAGUCUGUUUUUAGACUUUAUUCGUGACGUUAUUUUUAUGACAACUCAGCACAUUUUCAGUCUCCAAAAAUAAGGCUUGCUUUGCGAUUUUAAACACCUUGACAGGUUUCAUGUAGGGCUGCACAUAUUGGGAAAAUAUGCGAUAUUUGUUGUUGAGUUGCAAUUACGAUAUUCCUUAUGAGAUCACAAACUUUUAUCAGCAGUUUAAAAAUAAAUUACGUUAUGAUCAUACUGAAAUAAUCAGGUAAACAAUAUUUUUCUGAGCUAAUUAAAUAAAAGAAAUGAUGUUAACCAGUGCAAACACGAAUUACUGUAAACCUUGGCGGAAAUACGGAUUCCUAUUGGCUGUUGUCAUUAGACAUGAGCCAGUAUAAGUUUCUGACGGUAUGAUAACCUUGGAUAAAAAGAUCGCGGUUUCAUGGUAUUGUGUUUACUCAGGGUUUCUGCAGGUUUAAUCAACUCGAGUUUAAGACUUUUUUAAGCCCCUUUUAAGACCAUAAAGGAUUAAAUUUAUGACUUAUUCAAGGUUAAGAUUAUUUUUAUCAUGAGGAAUCGUGUAAUUAUUUUUAGUUUUUUUUUUCCCCUGAUUAGGGAAUUUAUUUUGGGAAUUUGCUGUAAAAUGUCUAACAGCUGUUGUGAUCGAAAAAAACUUAAAUAUAAAAAAAUAAGAAUUUAUUGAGAUGUGUUGGAUGGAUAUCGGCCCAAAUUGAGUAGCUUUACGUGGACAAAGCAAAAUUAAGACCUGUUUAAAACAAUUUAACACAAUAUUUCAGUGAAUUUAAGACUUUUUAAGGGCUAAAAUUUAGGUUUUGAAAUGUAAGACCCCGUGGAAACCCUGUUACUGCUGUAAAAUUAUUUCUUUUUAAACGUCUAAGUGAAAAACAACUUUUCCCCCCAUUUAACACAUUAGAUUAUAUUUAUAUUAACAUUUAUAAUAUUUUUGAACCAUAAACAUGUCAGGCUACAUAAUUAAAAUAAACCAUUGGCUUCUAGUAUCUUCAUUAGCUUCAAAAACACAUUACAAGACAAAAAACGACUUCAAAAACCCUUUACAUAUGCCUUAGAAAUGGCAUCACAAAACGUUUUUGCGGUUUUAAUACCUUGACUCUUCCAAACCACGCUAAACCUUGAAACCGGUUAUCGUCCCAUGCCUAGUUGUCAUUGUCCUCUCGUCUCAUUAAGUUCUUUGCACACUGAAGUCCAAAAUUUUGUUUGCGUUUUUUUUUCGUGUUCAAAUUCCGAACAAUUCAUCAUGCACACAAACCUUGCGCACCGAGUCCGAUGCGUAUUAAAUAAUCCGUUGCAAAAUAAUCCGAAUCAGCAUCUCCCAGUGCGAGGCCAUGGUGCUCCACUGGAAAAAGGUGGUUUGCCAUCUCCUGGUUGGAGGAAAGUCCUUACCCCAGGUGGAGGAGUUCAAGUAUCUUGGGGUUUUGUUCAUGAGAUGGAACGUAAGAUAGACAGGCGGAUUGAAGCAGUGGCAGCAGUAAUGCGGCUGAUGUACCGGUCCAUUGAGGUAAAGAAGGAGCUGAGCCGAAAGACAAAGCUCUCGAUUUACCGGUCAAUCUACGUUCCUACUCUCACGAGCUUUGGGUGUUUUGGGGACAAGAUCUCGGAUACAAGUGGCCGAAUUGAGUUUUGCCUGGCAGGGCACACUCUUAUAGAUUAGGUGAGGAGCUCGGAGUAGAGCCGCUGCUCCUCCACAUCGAGAGAAGUCAGCUGAGGUGGCUCGGGCAUCUGUUUCGGAUGGCUCCUGGACGCCUACCUAGGGAGGUCUCACUGGGAGGAGGCCUCGGGGAAGACCCAGGACACGCUGGAGGGACUAUGUCUCUCGGCUGGCCUGGGAACACCUUUGGAUCCCCCUGGAGGAACUGGAGGAUGUGUCUGGGGAGAGGGAAGUCUGGUGUUGUCUCCUAAGACUGCUGCCUCCACAACCCGGCCACGGGAAAGCGGAUAAAAAUGAAUAAAUGAAAUAAUUUGCAAAAAAAUAGCCCAAACCGCGCUAACAAACUAGCAUACAAUAAACCACAGAACAUUUGUAUUGUUUUAUAUUAUUCGUCUUUCCGACGCCAUUGUGCCUUUCGCUUGUAUGAUGGUACUGAAUUCUCAAAAUACCUCAAAAUGGAAAUUUCGUAUGCAGAAAACGUUAAAAAAAUUAACCGAAUUAAAAUUCUUUGUGGCGGACGAAAGUUUCGGCGGCAGUUUCCCAAUAUGAUUUAGGCCGAUAUUUUAACGUGCGAAAAUUACAAAAGAAAAUUUCAGAUUCAGUGUGCAAUAAUAUUUAUUUUAUUUUCAACUCUACGUUCAACUAUUGAAGGGGUGGGGAUUAAUAUCGUAAAGCCCCCAUCUGAUUGGUCAGAUUGAGAUAUUGCUAUAUGGAUAUCGCAUAUACUAUUAUCGCGAUAAUGAUAAUUAUUUGAUAUAUUGUGCAGCCCUACUUUCAUGUGAUUCACCCAAAGAGAAGUUGAGAUUUCCGACAGUAUUUUUUAUACUGUAUUGUGUGUUGCUGAUUGAGUGAAGUUUCCUUACACAAGCCUUAAAGUCACAUAUCCUGUGGCAUACGACAAGGUUUUAAUAGAUUAGAGGCGCAUCCGGUUGCAAGUGCAUGAACAGUAUUUGUGGCGAUGUUAACCAAACCCAAGACACUACGGCACCAGCGGUUUGGUGUAGUUCUUUUAGGCCAGUUACUAUUAUUAUUAUUAUUAUUAUUAUUAUUACUAUUAUUAUCAUUAUUAUUAUUAUUAUUAUUAUAAUAAAUGGAGACGGCUUGAUUGUGAAGUUCUUCAAUUCUGUGUGUUUGCAAAGGUUCUAUGCAGUAGUGUCAGUAAUGAUUGAGAAAUAAAACACAUUAAAGUAAAAUGGGUUGCGAAUGCCGUAUGUUAUGUUGAUUAUACAGUAUUACUUCAAAUAUAACAUUUGUACUUUUUCUUUAAAGUGAAUUUUACCUUUCAGACAAUUGGCAUUUGCAUUUGUUGAGCAAUUGGGCUCAAUAUGAUGUAUGUAUUUCCUUUAAACACAAUGAAGUAUUUCUUAAAAAUAAUCACCAACAUCUACAGACCAGCUACCUCAUGUUUUUGGAGGUUUUGUGGAAUUCGACCUGAAUAUAUUUUUAUCAGCGUUUUGGUUUUUGUAUAGCCACACUGCGUUUUCACUAUAUUGAAGAAGCUCAUUGUUUUGCUUAUGAAUUCUCAUAUAUUCUCAUGCAGCGGACGUUUUAACCUGAUUAUUUGUUUUGCACAAACAUACAUAUGAAUUUCCAGAAUAAUGCUUUAUAUUUCCCCAGAGGCCUCUGUGUGUGUUUAAUGUGAAGAACACUGUGGAGCAUCUCAUUAGAGUCUGAGGUCAUCAGUACACUGACCUGGGCUCAUUUCCUGAUCCACAUACACAUCAUUCCUUUACCUCCAUCAUCAUGAGCAGAAUGUCAAUCUUUUUUUUCCUCACUUUUAACCUUUUCCCAUGUUUUACAUUGUUCCAGUCAUAUUUAUCAUGCAGUGAAAUGACGUGAAUCUUUCUUUGUAGAGCUUAAAACUCGCGGUGAUGUGUUUGUAUGACUGCGGACAGUGUUUAACAAUGGCUGGGCUGUAGUUCCCGCGCUUUUGAUUUUUGUACAUACGAUGUUCACAGCCUGUGGCGUUUUACUAUGUAACAUAACGGCUGUCAUAUUCAUUAUUUUAGGAUUGUAAAGUAUUGUACAUGUACUGAAUAGUAUUACAGACGAAUCUUUUUUCAUAUUGCCAGAUACGCAAUAUUUUUGGAACAGCGUGCCGCUACAGGCGACGUCAGGAGCUAAUCACGUGUUCGACAACGUUAGCUUUUCCUUUUUUAUCGUCAAGUGUUUGUGUUUUUCAGCGGGACACACAAGGUGCCUGAAGAGUAAAAACAUGUCUGUUUUGCAGUAUUUCAAUCUGACUGUAAAUACUGAGUACAUUGAUGAUGAAGAUGAAAUGUACAGGGACCCUUAGAUAUGUAUUUAUCGUCAUGUAUUGUGGGAAUCUAUUAAAUAAGCGCAACAGAAUAAAAACACUUAGGAGUUA